UGGAUGUGUUAUGGGAUGUACAUCAGGCAGCAGCGAUGGCCGCAGUAGUAGACUCUUCGGUCUCCUGAUCAGUCGCCGUGCGCUGUGCGGGUUCAAGUCCCGUCCCAGGAGAAAUUUUUCUCUUGGCUAUGGAUGUUGUGAUUGUCGGUAGGUGGUAGACGGUCUCUGACUGUCGAACGUGGAGGUACCACCCGGCGGAUCUCGUAGGCGGAGCCAGAAUGUGUGCAUGUUGCAUGCACACGUGUUCCCUCCCCAGAGUCCGUGUGGCGUUCCCCCUUUCACCUGUAUCCCCC